UCUUUGCAGUUUUCCCUAACACUCAUUCCUUCACCAUGUCAGAUACCUCCGACAAUGCUUCUCCUGACUCCGACGUUCUUACUCCUAAUGACGACAGUACUGAUACAAUGAAGGACAAUUCUCAGCAUUCAGCUGAGGAGAAUGUGGACAUCCUGGACCAAUUAUCACCAAAAGUUAGGAAUCGUGUGGAAUAUCUCAUGGAAGUUCAGGAAGACUUUGAAAAGGUGCAGGAUGAGUUAUUUGAGGAGCUAUCACUGUUGGAGGAUAAAUACGAGAAGCGAUUUGCGCGAAUUUACAGACAAAGGUCUGAGGUUCUCUUGGGCAUCAAAGAGGAAGAACUUUCAGAUGAAGAUGAUCCAGAAAAAGCCAUGAACAGAGUGUUUGGAAUACCUAACUUCUGGCUAACUGUUAUGAAGCGUAAAGAUAUACUGGCUGAAUUGAUCACUGAAGAUGACGAGGGGGCCCUCCAAUAUCUUGAAGAUAUAAAGUCGUGUAGACUUGACGAUUCUGGUGGCUUCAUGCUGGAGUUUAGCUUUUCUUGUACUCCUUAUUUCAAAAACUCUAAGCUAGAAAAAAAAUAUAAGAUUGACAGGGAUGGACCCGUGUUAAUAAAAGCCAGAGGGACGAAGAUUAACUGGCAUCCAGGAAAGUGCCUGACAAGAAAAGUUCUUCCGAAGAUGGCAAGGAGAAGAUCCAACGAUGAUAAGCCCCUCACAAACACAAGGAAAAGUUUCUUCAACUUUUUCAAUCCUCCCCUUGACCAUGAUGAUGAUGAUGAUGAAGAUGAAGAUGUUGAUGAAGAUGAUGUACCUAUUGAAUUGAUCCGGAAGGAUUACGACAUUGGUUGUGUAAUUCGGGACGAAAUCAUUCCUUAUGCUGUGUCAUGGUUCACGGGGCAGUUUACAGACAAAGAGCUUUUUGUGAAAUAUAUUAAGAUGACGAAGUGAUGGGAUGAAGAGGAAAAUAGCAAAAGCAAAAGAGAAUGGUAUGAAAAAGGACACAAUUUAGGGACAUUCUGUUUCAUUCUUGAACUAUAUUACUGUUCUUGGUAACAGUGUUUUGUUGGUGUAAACUGCAGAUUGGUGGCACUUCCUUAGUGCAAGUGCAAGUGCCAGUGGUGUUUUUCUGUGUAUAAAUAGUGUACAUAUGUGGGGGUUA